UCUCAAGUGAAGACUGAGCAGCAGGAAAAAGAAGAGCACUUUGCUUCACUUGAAAAAUCGAUGGAAGAACGAGAGAAGACCUUGGAUGCACUUGAAAAAUCGAUACAAGAGCGCGAAAAGUCUUUGGAUUCAGUCUCCCAUGAACUGAAGAUGAAAGAGGGGCAGCUUGAAGAGCAAGCCAAAGAGUUUAAACUGAAGCAAAUUGCAUUUGCUUCUCAAGUGAAGACUGAGAAGUUGGAAAGAGAAGAGCAUUUUGCUUCACUUGAAAAAUCGAUCCAAGAAAGAGGAAAGACUUUGAAUUCACUCAAGAAGUCGUUCCAAGAGAGCAAAGAGCAUUUGGAGAGACAACUUGAAGAGCAGGGCAGAGAGCUUCAAUCAAAGCAAAAAUUAUUCGAUUCUCAGCAAGUGGAAAGAGAAAAGCAACAUGAUAUAUUUGAAAAGUCCUUGGGAGAACGCAAAAAGCAGUUCAAUGUAUUCCAAAAGUCGGUUCAGGAGCAGAAAGAGCAUUUGGAUUCACUCUCCCAUAGACUCCAGAUGGAAAAUAGGCAACUUGAAAAGGAGGGCAAAGAGCUUGAAUUGAAGCUAAAACAACAUGAAUCUCAAGUGAAGGCUGACCAGUUGGCACUUACACCCACUGCUAAUAAUAUGAUUAUUCCGUUUAUAAGUGAUCAACCCAGCAUCAGUACAGAUGGUAGAAGCUUGCAGUUGUUAAUCGCUGAGAAUUUAAACAAAGCUGAAUUGGUGGGUGGCGAAUUAUCAGCUCUUUUAGAUGCAGAUGAGAUUUUAAAGCUUCUUGGAAUGAUUUCUCAGCAUAAGCAGACUUUACAGUUAUGUCAGACACUUGGUUUUGAAGAUAAAAUCCCUGAUAUUAUUUGGAAUCUCAUUGAAAGAAAGCAACUGAUUGAGGCUGUUAGAUUUAUCUGCACCUUCAAGCUAAAUGACGAGUUUCCCCCAGUACCACUCUUGAUAGAAUUUGUGGAGGAUGCAAAGAAGUGUUGCAGUGAAAUGCUCAGUGAAGUGAAAUCACAUGAUGAAAAGGAAAAGUUUGUGGAUGACCGAAUAGCUGAUCUAAGAGCUGUGGUUCAAUGCAUUGAAGACCACGGCCUCGAGUCCCAAUACCAGUCAAUCGACAUUUUGAUGGAUAUUCAAGGUCUUCAGAGACUAAAGGAGAAUGGAAAAUUGGUGCUGUCCCUUCCACCCAGUGUUGAAAAACAAAAGCAGAGAAAAGGGAGGAAACAAAGUUCCAGCACAUAUCAGCUGCGUAAAAGAACAUAAUCCGUGAGCCAUGUCAGCUGCUAGUCUCCAUGCAUUGCCAACUUUCACCUCCGGCUAUCCUGUCUAGUUUGUUGUCUUUGGCAGUUGGGUAUGUCUACCAAUGACUAUGAAAUUGGUGCUAAUUCUGUUUCCAGAGAGAAUGCUGGAAUACAUCUUUUGAAUCAAGGUCUUUCCUAGACAUCGUAGUAAUGUCUUUAACUAAACCUAGUGUGAACCUGCAACAAAUGCUAAUAUGAAGUACUUGUUAAUGUUGUUAUUC